AUGGAGACCGAAGCCUUCAUGCCGUCAUCUCUGUUCCUCCUCGGUACUACUAUCGUCGUCACCCUCAUCUUCCUCUUCCUCCUCGCCCGCGCCCACAGCCACAACAACCAGGCUGGUCGCCUCCCACUCGGCCCACCGGCCCUGAUCUUCAUCGCCAAGUUCCUAGCACGGCGGCGCUCCAUCUUCUACCUGGUCUCAUUGCUCCGCGACCUCCACGAGUGCUACGGCCCCGUCAAAUCGCUACACCUCACCCGCACGCUCCUCAUCUUCGUCGCCGACCGCUGCCUCGCGCACUGA